CCUUAACCAUCUUAAAAAGAAAUCUUCUUUUACCAUGCCUCCUAAGAAACUUGCCAUUGAAGAAAAGGUUUUACUCGGUCGUCCAUCCAACAAUUUGAAGAUUGGUGUUGUCGGUCUUCCCAAUGUUGGUAAAUCUACUUUUUUCAAUGCUCUCACUAAAGCAAGUGCUGCUGCUGAAAACUAUCCUUUCUGUACCAUUGAUCCCGAAGAAUCUCGUGUCGCUGUUCCCGAUGAUCGUUUCGAUUGGUUGUGUCAACAUUAUAAACCUGCCAAAGAAAUUCCUGCUUUCUUGACAGUCAUUGAUAUUGCUGGUCUUGUCAAGGGUGCUUCUUCCGGUGCUGGUCUCGGCAAUGCUUUCUUGUCUCAUAUCAAAGCAGUGGAUGCCAUUUAUCAUGUUGUUCGUGCUUUCGAUGAACCUGAUGUGAUUCACGUAGAAGGAGAACUUGAUCCUCUUCGUGAUAUGGAAAUCAUUCGUGAAGAAUUACGUCUUAAGGAUGAAGAAUUCUUGUCUCGUCAAGUAACUGAACUUGGUGCUGCUGUUAAACGUGUAGGUCAUGGUGGUAAUGCUCAAGAUAAGGCCAAGAAAGAAGAAUUCGCUGUGAUGGAAAAAGUAUACGAACAUAUCAAGUCUGGUAAAGAUGUGCGUCAUGGUACUUGGACAAACAAGGAAGUUGAAUUUAUCAAUGGUUAUCAUUUGAUCACUGCCAAACCUGUCGUUUAUCUCGCCAACAUCAGUGAAAAGGAUUAUCUUCGCAAAAAGAACAAAUGGUUAAUAAAAGUCAAGGAUUGGAUCGAUAAAAACUCUAAUGGUGACCCCAUGAUUCCCUUCUCCGGUGCCUUUGAAUAUCGUUUGUCUUUGAUGACUCCUGAAGAAAAAGAAGAAACCAUCAAGGAAACAAAAUGUGUCUCUGUUUUACCCAAGAUCAUCACCGCUGGUUAUGCCGCUUUACAAUUGAUUUACUACUUUACUGGUGGUCCUGAUGAAGUUCGUGCUUGGACCAUUCGCAAGUUUACAAAAGCUCCUCAAGCUGCUGGUGUCAUCCAUACUGAUAUGCAACGUGGUUUCAUUGGGAUGGAAAUUAUGAAAUAUGAUGAUUUACGUGAAUUAGGAAGUGAUGCUGCUGUCAAGGCAAAUGGAAAAUACCAAUUGAAGGGCAAGGAUUAUAUUGUAGAAGACGGUGAUAUCGUUUAUGUCAAGUUUAACGUUACUGCUCCUGCCAAGAAGAAAUAGAUCCUUUUUUUUUAUCAUCCUUCUUUUUCCUACUUUUUUUUUUUU